GCGCUGCGUGAUCCGAGCUGCGCAUGCGCAGUAAGCUCCAUGUACUCUCAUAUUGAUUCGGCUCUUGUCAGUACAUUCCGCGUUUUAAUCCGCAACGAUGAGCUUUUAUUUAAUCGAGAUUAAAAUAACGUGAGCAGAGUUUUAAAUGUAGACAGACUGAGUUUCUUUAUUCCGGUCCAGGAUGAGAGCGGCAGAUUAUCGACGCUUUGUUCAGUGCGCAGAAUGUCUGUGUGUCAAAUUGUAGCUUUUAUAAUGUUACAAUGUUACAAGGGAUUCAUCAACUGUAACACUCAAGGUACUCUGUUUAUGGAACCAUAAACUCUCAAAGUGUGCAACAGCAUUUGAAGUCCGUAAAUAAGAUCAGCAUGACCCUGGUGAUGACCCCUGCGGCCGUGUGCCAGUGCUUCACGCUCGUGUCGCUGUGCACGUCUAUCGCAGAUCCCAACUGGAUCCAGGUCCAAAACUGCUCUGAUUCAAAGAGCAGUCUCAUCUAUGGUGUGGCGUUCACACUACACGCGUAUGAGAAUCUUACAGACACAGGUCCGCUAGGUGGGCUGCAUGGAUCGGGAAUGUGGCUGCUGUACUCUCUAGCUGUUCUCUGCUACAUCGCCGUCCUGCUGUCCAGUUCCUCUUUCUUGCUGGAUUUCCUCGGAGCUGCGAUCACUCACUCAAAGCUGGUGUUGUCACUGCACUGCUCUACAGCGUUCUUCUGUGUGGCGGUUGUGGCUGUGUGUGCGGCCUGUAUGAGUGUGAUUGAACGCAACCUGCAGCGAGGGAAGGCAGAAAGUCGCCCGGUUCUCUGCAUGUCUGCAGGAGAAAGCUUUUACAUCGAGAUGUUGGGCCUGCUCUUCUCCAUCGUAGCGUGCGCUUUAGCCCUCAAGGGUCGUCCUGAACCCAUCAGGCCCUGUGACUACCUGAGCGUGCAUGGAGCGGACAGCGACACAGAGCCUUUGACUGGUGGAGCUGAGAGGGAGGAGUAAACAGACAGAGGUUCACUCGAGUUAUGCACUUCAUUUCUGAUGACAGAAGAACAAGAGAUCAGGUGAUCUCAUCAGCGCAUGCAGGAUGAACAAAAUUCAGAAUUUAAGAAUCGGCUCCUUCCGGUUCAUGAAUUUAAAUUGAUUUGGUCACAGCGUGCAGGAUCCCAGCUAACAGGGAAAGUUCUCAAAAGAUUAUGAAAAAACACUAAUAGAAUUGGUGUUUAAAGUUUCCUAGUUUUUAAUAAUGUUCUCAAAACAUUAGCACAAACAUAAUUUUCUGAAAUGUUUGAAUUGGAAGUUCAUCCAGCUUCCAGUUUUUUAAAUGUUGCUACUUGUUUCAGAACAUUUCGAAAACAUUCAGUUGUAAUAUUCUUGUAAAGUGUGCAAAAUAAUCAAAUGGAAUGUUCGUUUAAUCAGAGGAAACGUUUUCAAAUCAUUUUUAAAACUAUACAUUUUAAAUGUUCAGAAAUAAUAUUUUCUUAAUUGGAACAUCAGCAAAAUGUUCUUAGAACAUAUUUUUGUUAGCUGGGAUGUAGUGUUGACAAAUUAUUUAUUUAAUUAAAUUACAAUUCAAAGGAAUUCAACAUUCACACAACAGUGAAAACAUGUUUCCGUUAAAACAUUGUGGUAAAUAUGUGUGCCUAUUUAUUUGCUGAUAUGUAGAGCUAAUUUUUCAGAAUUUAUUUGAAAUAAUAUUGUUAGAGAACCAUAUUGCUUUCAGAUCAUUUUAUAUAGUUUGGCUCUAUAUUUAAAUCUCAGGGGUAAACUGAAGCAUUCUGGGAAAUUAAUUAUUUUAUAGCAUAAUUAUCCAUAAAUUCACAUUUAAUUUGUCGGGACUUUACAGUAAGAUUCAUGUUAGUAAUGAAUGACAUUCAGACAUUAAGUUUGACAAAAGUGGAAAACGCAUUUUGUUCAUUUUAUAAAUAUGUGACCCUGGAGCACAAAACCAGUCUUAAGUCGCUGGGGUAUAUUUGUAGCAAUAGCCAAAAACACAUUGUAUGGGUCAAAAUUAUUGAUUUUUCUUUUAUGUCAAAAAUCAUUAGGAAAUUAAGUAAAGAUCAUGUUCCAUUAAGAUAUUUUGUAAAAUUCCUACUGUAAAUGUAUGAAAACUUAAUUUUUAAUUAGUAAUAUGCAUUGUUAAGAACUUUAAAGGUGAUUUUCUUAAUAUUUUGAAUUUUUUUGCAACCUCAGAUUCCUGAUUUUUAAAUAGUUUUAUCUCUGCCAAAUAUUGUCUUAUCCUAACAAACUAUACAUCAAUGAAAAGCUUAUUUAUUCAGCUUUCAUAUGAUGUAUAAAUCUCAGUUUUGGAAAAAUGACCUUUAUGACUGGUUUUGUGAUCCAGGGUCACAUAUUAGUAACAUUUUUAAUAAUCAUAAUAAUUUUACUCCUUAAAAUUGCAUAAACGUUGUGUGAUAAGAACAUUAUUUUUAGUGAAAAAUGAAAUGUCUUAAUGAAUUUCAUUCCAUUUUAAUCCUACUUUAUUGGCAAUUCUGUAUCCUGUUUGCCACUUUAAUUCAAAUUCAGUUCAUAUUCAAUAUUCACCUUACUGAUGUUGCGGUAGGAACCAAAGAGAGGAGCACAAUACGCUGAUGCUGUCAUUAAGUCAUGCAGGAUCCUAUUUAUAAGUUCAGAAAUCAUUUUUAUGAAAUAAUGUGCAUUUAGAUGCUUUUGGUCAGAAUAAAAUAAAAGUGUUGGGCAGUUUUAAUAUUUCACUCUCUUUUGCACUUACUGACAAACACAGGAGGCAUUUUGUUGCACAAAUGCAAAAUAAUUAAGAGCGAAGAUAGAGAUGUGUCACUAUCUGUCUGUUUAAUUCCACAACGGAGAAUUAUGGAAAAUUUAGAUUUUCCUGUACAUAUGAUAUUUCUGGCAUGACUUGAAGGCAGCAUGAGAUCCUUCAGUUACCUGCAGUGAAACUCACAUGUGAGCAGUUCUGCAAUAUAUAUUUUCUGUGCAGGUUUUCUCUGCUUUCGGACCAAAUUCAGAAACCACUGAGGGCACAUAUGGUUUUUCAGGGUUUUGAGAGCAAAUAUGCUCAAUUAUAAAUAAAUUCUCUAAAUUAACACCAUCCAGACCAUCUCAGCCUUUAUGUCAACAUAUUUCACAUGUAAAUAGAAGAAUUCUUAUAAUACUCAAUAUAAUCUGCUUUCCGAGAUUCCAAACAAAUGUGGUGUGAACAGAAAAUGGACUGAGACCCGAUCCACAUUCAGAUUGACUAAACUGUGAUCGGAGUCCACUUUCUAGAACAGAACUAAAUUCUUCUUCACUUCGCUUUUUAACUCAAGUGUGAAAACUAACAUAUUCAGGGCUGUUUUUAUUUUCUUGUAAUCAGUGCUGUAAUUUCUGUAGAGAAACUAGUAAACAAAUCAAACACCAAUCCUCAACGUGCCUUGAGCUUCCUGGAAGAGCGUUUAUUUGUAAAGUGCGUAUCUAAAAAAAAGAGCUGUGAAAUCAGCAGCUCCUCCAUUAAACAACAACAAGCUUUACAUUUUAUUUAUUAGUCACUUCCUGUCACAUCACAGUGUUAGCUAACAUUGACGAGUUGACGAAUGAUGAGUUCAACCUUGCAUUUUUCUGUUUUUUUUUUUUUUCUGUUUAUACUGUAUAUAUAUUCCCUCUUUUAAUCAGAAUAAUACUGGACCAUUUUUCUCAGUUUAUUUAAUGUUCAAGUAUUUUACUGGAAUUAAAAUGACAGUUCUGUCAUCAUUUACUCAACCUCAUGUUGUUCAAACCUGUAUGACUUUCUUCUCAUUAACAGGUUUGUCAGUGAAUAACUGACUUAAAUGUGAGUCUGUUCUACGGUUAUAAUAGUUAACUAAGAAUGAAAGUAAGUACAUUUUGUUACCUAAAAUGAGGGUUACAAGUAACAAAAAAAUUUCCAGAAAAUUUAGCAUAGUUUUCAGAAAAUCCCUGUACGUUUCCAAAAUUUUCUGGAAAUGUUUCGCUUUUUUGCAACCCUACUUAAAAUAAACAUGAACUGAACUGAAAUAAAAUAUUUUUAAAAAUUAGGGCUGGUAAACGAUUAAUCGCGAGUAAUCACAUACAAAAUAAAAGUUUGAGUUUGCCUAAAUAUAUAUGCAUGUACUGCGUGUAAUUAUUAUUUAUUUAUAAAUACAAGCACAUUCGUUUAUAUAUUUGAGAAAUAUUUACAGGUAUAUGUAUUUAUUAUAAUUUUUGUAGAAUUUGUAUUAUAUAUAAAUAAAAAUAUUUUGUACACAAAUAACAUAUUUCUCUUAAAUAUAUACAUUAAUUUGUGUGUAUUUAUAUGUACAUAAUAAUUACACAGUACACACACAUAUUAGGCAAACUCAAACUUUUAUUUUUUAUGUGAUUUAUCGCGAUUAAUUGUUCGACAGUGUUAAAAAAAAUGUUAACAUAUUGUAUUUCAACAAGUUGCCUAGUCAACAUUAACACAAAAUAACAUUAUUCUGUUCACUUUUCACACAAAACAACGAACUUCAGAAAACAUAAUCCAAAUCAUACUACUGUUUAUGUAUGUUUAGAUUAAUUUUUGGACACUUUCUUGGUCCUUUGUGGAGCUUGACAGUCAUACAGGUUUGAGCAGCAUUUAUGUGCAUUUUUAAUGAAUCUGUAGUAGUUUAGUAUUUCAUUUGUCCUUAUGAAUAUAAUAACAUAGACAUGUCAAAGACUGUGAGCUAUUAAGAUUUUAAAGUACAAAUCCACACAGAGUCUGAAGAGGAUUAAUACAGUUUGUUUAUGUUUAUGUAUUUGUGUGAAGCCAUUUUUAAUUUAAUGUUAUAUAAAAAAAUAAUUUCUGUUCCAAAGUUGAUCUGUCAUCACAUGAUGAUCUGGAAAGAUGACUGAUCGUCCACAGAUCUUCCUGUUGAAAAUGCAUCUCACUACAUGAACUCUGAAUGACAGCAGUGGAAUCAUGGGAAGCGGAGCUCCGCUGUGCCUUAAUUUCUCAGCUCUCUCUCUAAUUAGACUCCAUCCAGCACCUCGUUCUCCGUCAGCCACCGUCACAUGACACCAGCUUGUGCUCUAGUUGGACGGAGACCAUCGCCAUAGUAACCUUGAGAAGUUGUUGAUGUCACCGAUGAAUUUGUGAAUGGAGAGAGAGAAAACAGACUGAGAUAUGAGAGAUAAAGACUUGAUGGGUUUAUUAUAAUGUGACGUUUUUCUCUUGUCUUCAGUCUAGUAUUUGUGAAUGUAAGUGUGAGUUGUGCAUGUUAAACCAUGAUUACACUAAACCAUAGCUUGUGCUGUAUAGUAUGAGUGCUGGUGAUGUCAAAUUGAAGGAAACUGGUUCUGAUAUUUGCACUCACAGGACCGUAUGUAUGUAUUAUGAGCAAAUGUGUGCUCUGCUUCUGCUACUGAACAAGCACUGAUCAUCUCAAAUGUUUCAUGUGAGUUUGUUUUUAAAGCUGUGCAUGCAUAUGUCAUCAUCAUUCAUUAAGAUUGUUUUGUUUAUGCCUGUUGAAUUGAAGUGUAUUGUUGCAAAAGACUUAUUUGAACGUUCAAAUGAAGAUAAUGCUUUGAACAAUACAACAAUCUCACUUUAUUUCUUUUCUCUUGAGUGAAAAACUGUAACACUUUACAAUAAGGUCUGUUUUGUUAAUAUGUUAUGCAUUCAUUAACUUGAACUAAUUGUAAUAUAUAUUUUUAUAGCAUUUAUUAACCUUUUGGAUUGGAAAAAAAAGUUGUUCUUUGUUUCACGACAGUAGAAAUGAACAUUUACUGUUAUCAAAUGAAACCUUAUUGUACAGUGUUAGUUGCAUGCUAUUGCUUCUUAUGUCUAUCGAUUGCUUUUACAGUAAUCCUUGACUAGCUGGUUCAGGUGCUUAAUGUCAGCUUAAUUUAGACACACUAAAAA